CUCAUUACGAAUCAGUCACUUGCCGUUAUUACUACACCAACAGCCUUACAGACUCGCAUUAAAGUAUAUUGACAAUCCACACUGUAAUCAUGUUGCUGGAAAGCAUAUUAUCUGUUAGUCUGACGUACAAAUUGAUAGCGGUUGUCGUAAUCCUAUUGGGUGCCCUAAUGCUAUGGAGCAUCCAUCGACCAUCUGGUAUGCCCCCUGGACCACGUGGUUUUCCAAUUAUUGGUAGUAUGCUAUCUUUGACUGAGAACCUAUACCUAGACUUUUUGCAAUUGGCUAAGGAGUACGGAGAUGUAUUUACCAUUAAGAUAGGCAGUCGCCACGUGGUAAUAGUGAAUAACUAUGAACUGAUCAAAGAAACAUUGUUGAAAAGGUCGACUGAUUUCGCCGGGAGACCACAAACUUUUACAGGAAACAUGACAUCUGAGGGAUUCAAAGACAUCGUCUUUAGUGAUUAUAGUCCUUCUUGGAAGUUGCACAGAAAGAUCGCACACCAAGCAAUAAGAAAUUAUGCCAGUGGCGAUAAACUAGAAAACAUGAUGCGUAAAGACGCAAUUCCUUUACUGACACAGAUACUGGAAGACAAUGAAGGCAAAGUUAUUGCCCCAAGACCUCUUUUAUUUUUAACUGUUAACAACAUCGUUGCUCAAUUCUGCUUUGGUCAAAAGUAUACACUCGAUGACCCAGAGCUUAAAGCCUUCAUGGACAUUAUAGACGAUUUUGCCAAAAUAGCUGGCAAUGGCUUAGUAGCCGACGUGAUUCCAUGGACAGCAAUUCUUCCAACUUCGGCUGCCCGGGAAAUGGACAAAGUCAAUAACAAAUAUCUUGGUAUGAUUUACAAGAAGUUUUACGAACAUAAGCAGAAAUUUGAUCAAGAAAAUUUGAAUGACCUCAUUGACUAUUUACUCGAUGCUCAACGCCAAGCCAAGGAAGAAAAUGCCGACAACAUUAGUAGCCUUACAGAUACACAUUUGGUGCAAACAGUUUCUGACAUGUUUGGAGCUGGUAUUGAUACGACUACACAUACAAUGGACUGGUCAAUCAUCUUCCUCACUCGAUACCCGGAUGUACAGGCUAAGGUUGCUAGAGAAAUCAAUGACGUAAUUGGAAGAGACAGACUGCCCUUAAUAUCAGACCGACCACAUCUACCAUACUGUGAUGCGGUUAUCCACGAACUGAUGAGAAUACGUACUGUUGUACCGAUGUCUGUUCCACACAAAGCAUUGGUGGACUCAAGUAUUGGGGGAUAUGUGAUCCCUAAAGAUACAUGGGUAAUGGUUAAUCUAUGGGCUGCGCAGAUGGAUGAAAAACACUGGGAUAAUCCGCAAGAGUUUAGACCAGAGAGAUUCAUAGAUAAAGACGGCUCACUCAAAGCAAAACAGGACAACUUCAUUCCAUUCUCAGCGGGUCGUCGUGUCUGUCUUGGGGAGUCCCUAGCGAAGCCAGAGAUAUUUCUGAUGUUCACUUCUUUGUAUCAAAGUUUCGCGUUUUCACCAGUACCCGGUAAAGAACUACCCAGUCUCGAUGGAAAUGCUGCGACGCUUGUUCUUAGAGCGCCUGAAUAUGAAGUAGUAGUUAAAAAGAGAAUAUAGUUGCAGCGUUUACUUUGGUUCAGUUUUAUUAUUAUCAAAAUAAUGCACGUGUUUAUAGAUUAGUAACUUCUCUCAUGAAAAUAUAUGUACAUAUCGGUGAAUGGAGAGAUGGUGUAAUAAAUAACAAUGAACAUAUAAAAGCUGUUGACUGUUAAGAUAAUGGG